AUGCUCUAACAAAAAUUUCAGAUCAACGGCAUAUCGCAUCAAAGGAGAAAGAGACGGAGGGGGAGAUAUGGUAGGCGGCGGAGCUAGCGGUCGUGGCGGAAACAAAGCCGAGGCGAAUCAAUUCCUCGCAACAUCCGAGAAGCUUCUCGCAUCUAACGACUUCAAAGAAGCCAAAACAUUCGCGAUCCGCGCAUGCAAAUCCGACCCGACCCUAGCGGAAGCAGCGGACUCCAUCCUCACAAUCUGCGACGUCCUCAUAGCCAGAGAGACUCCUCUAGGCGACUCAAACUUACCAGACUGGUACGCCGCGCUACGACUCGGUCGGUUAGCUCAGAACCCCGAACACGUGGCGACUCAGUACCGUAGGCUCGCUCUCCUCCUCAAUCCUUCCGUUAAUCGCUUCCCUUUAGCCGACCAGGCGUUUAAAUUCGUCUCACGUGCCUGGCACGUGCUCUCUGAUCCGUUUAAAAAGUCGUUAUACGAUCAAGAGGUUCAACUUGCUCAACAACCUCAACAAUAUUUCAAAUGGAAACCUAACCAACAGCCGUCGCCGCCUUCUGUUGCCGCUCCGCGGGCCCCACGGAGUGAUUUUAUGGCGGCGACGAGCUUUUGGACUGCUUGUCCGUACUGUUUUGUACUCUUUGAGUACCCUAAGGUUUAUGAGGAAUGUGUUUUGAGGUGUCAAGAGUGUAGGAGAGCGUUUCAAGCUGUGAGGAUAGAGAAGCCUCCUGUGGUGGAGGAGGAGGAAGGGAAGGGAGAGGAGGUUUGCUUCUGCUCGUGGAGUGUGUUUCCGUUAGGGUUUUCCGGGGAGUUUAAAGCUCCGACGAGCUGGUCACCUAUUUCACCUCUCAUUGCAUGCCCUCCCACCACCAAGAAGAGAAAAGAACCUGCUCCUCCAAGAUUCUUUUAUGAUGAUGAUGAUAUAUACGUUGCUAUUUCUGAUGAUGAUCAUGAAGGAAAUGACGGUAGUGAUGAUUUACAAGCGAAUGGUGGGAAAGGGAAAGAAAAAGUUGUGAGAACUAACAAGAAACAUGGAGCAGAGAAGGGAAUCCAAAAUGUAGAAAGUGUCAGUGGUGCUACUCGUGUUGGUUCCUCGUCUAUGUCUAAAGAAAUGAGUAGUAGGAUGAGAAUGGGAACUGGAGCUAAGAAUUUAGGAAGGUUGGAUUUGAAUGUGGAGUUCAGUAAUGAAGUGGAAGACGGGAGAAAUGAAGGCAAUGGGGUGGGAAGUAACAGGGAGGUGGAUAAUAUGGAAGGGAUUGGGUUCUUUGAGGAUCUUGAUGAGUUCUUGAGUAGUUUGCCGAUAUUUUCUGUCGAUGGAGAUGAUAAGAUCAAGGCUACUUAGUGAAGUAAGACUCUCUUUUUUCUCUCUCUCUUGUUUUAGGUUUCAGUGGUUCUGUUGUUGUGGUUGGUGAAGGCCUUAGUUUUUUUAUGUCUCUGUAUUGAUGUCUAAUUGUAGUGGAGAUAUUAGCCAUUUUAUUUCUUGGAUAUGGAAUCCAUGUAGUUGGAAUCUGUUGAUGUAUAUGGCACAAAAUUCUUACUUUUUCUAACCUUCAUGUACACAAAUCGGCAUCGUAACAAGGAACAUCUUUUAUUUGAUUGUGCUGGGCUUUUGAGUUCUGAU